GCUGGCUGCCUUUUUACUUUCUUUUUUUUUCUUUCACUACGCCACCGAAACGAAACGCAGAAAUAUUCCUGAGCCUUUCCGGAACCCCUUGGAAAGAAGGGAGAGGGGGCGUGCGAGGCAGGGGUGGAGCCUGGCAGUGACCCGGAAGUAGAAGUGAUUCCUGCCGGCGGAGUGCUGGGGAGAGGCAUCGGCGACCGCAGCGGCAGAAGCAGCAAUUUGUCUGUGUGCAGCCCCAAACUGAGAAGAAGAUGCUAAUUAAAGUGAAGACGCUGACCGGAAAGGAGAUUGAGAUUGACAUUGAACCCACGGACAAGGUGGAACGAAUUAAGGAGCGUGUGGAGGAGAAAGAGGGAAUUCCACCACAGCAGCAGCGGCUCAUCUACAGUGGCAAACAGAUGAAUGAUGAGAAGACAGCAGCUGAUUACAAGAUAUUAGGUGGUUCAGUCCUCCAUCUGGUGUUGGCUCUGAGAGGAGGAGGUGGUCUUAGGCAGUGAUGGACUCUGCUCCAUUUUACCUCCCUGCCCUGUCACUCAUAAUGAGGCAUCAUAUAUCCUCUCACUCUGUGGGACACCAGAGCCACUCCCCACUCCCCUGGAUGCCCAGUCUUGUGUGUCUGUUGGUGGGAGACUGUGAGGACCCCAGGAGGCAGUGUUCCUGGCCCAAAGGGCCCUUGCUGGCUAUUGGGUUUUAGUUUGCAGUCCUGUGUGCUUCCCUCUCUUAUGGCGGUGUCCCUGGUUCUCAAUAAAAUAUUUCUUGACCUCCUGGAA